UGGGGGGCGGGGCGCAGCGCUGGCUGAUUGAUCCCAGCUCUGGCGUUGUUCAGUCGGAGCGAGAACAUUCUAGAGAUUGCCCGGCGCCGCUCUCCCUGGUGAUACCGCCCGCCCCAGGACGCCGGGACCCGGAGGCUGCGGCGUCCGCCUCCGCCUCCCUCUCCGUCUGGAUAUAAGCGCCCCCUCGGCCCUGUUCUCCUCUCACAAUCGGCUUCGUCGCAGCCCGGGGCGAGCAGCGUUGGGUUUAUGUCUUUAUUGGACGAAAACGAGCUGUUGCGCAGCCACUGGUACCUGUAUUGGGGAAACAUAGCAUACAAGCAAGAACCUUACAGCCUCAGUGGCGAAAAUUUUUUCAUGUCAGAGACCGAGAACUCUUGCAGUCGUUUAUGUCAUCCCGUCUUCUCCAGACAGAAGAUACCAAAAAACUGCAAUCAAAGAUCUCUUCAUCUUAUUGAUAAAGCUACUAAUAAGGCAAAAUGUCUGUCAACGUCAACCGCAGUGUUUCAGAUCAGUUCUAUCGCUACAAAAUGCCCCGUCUGAUUGCCAAGGUGGAGGGCAAAGGAAAUGGAAUAAAGACGGUUAUAGUCAACAUGGUUGACGUUGCAAAGGCGCUUAAUCGGCCUCCAACGUAUCCUACCAAAUUUUUUGGUUGUGAGCUGGGAGCACAGACCCAGUUUGAUGUUAAGAAUGACCGUUACAUUGUCAAUGGAUCUCAUGAGGCGAAUAAGCUGCAAGACAUGUUGGAUGGAUUCAUUAAAAAAUUUGUUCUCUGUCCUGAGUGUGAGAAUCCUGAAACUGAUCUGCAUGUCAAUCCUAAGAAACAAACUAUAGGUAACUCUUGCAAAGCCUGUGGCUAUCGAGGCAUGCUUGACACAAACCAUAAACUCUGCACGUUCAUUCUCAAAAACCCACCUGAAAGUGGUGACACUGGUACAGGAAAGAAAGAAAAGGAGAAGAAGAACAGAAAAGGCAAGGACAAAGAGAAUGGUUCUGUGUCCAGCAAUGAGACACUUCCACCCCCACCACCAGAGGAGAUUACUCCUCCACAGGUUGUGGAGGAGGAGGAUGAUGAUGACUGGGGUGAGGACACAACAGAAGAAGCCCAGAGGCGUAGAAUGGAUGAAAUCAGUGACCAUGCCAAGAACCUCACACUUAGUGAAGACCUGGAAAGAACUAUAGAGGAGAGAGUCAACUUACUGUUUGAUUUUGUAAAGAAAAAGAAGGAAGAAGGUGUCAUUGAUACUUCUGACAAAGACAUUGUAGCAGAAGCAGAGAGACUGGAUGUAAAGGCUAUGGGCCCACUUGUUCUCACUGAAGUCCUUUUUGAUGAAAAGAUUCGUGAACAAAUCAGAAAAUACAGACGUCACUUCCUUCGUUUCUGCCACAACAACAAGAAAGCUCAGAGGUACCUUCUCCAUGGCUUUGAGUGUGUGGUAGCUAUGCAUCAGUCUCAGCUUAUUUCAAAAAUACCACAUAUUUUGAAGGAAAUGUAUGACGCAGAUCUUCUGGAAGAAGAAGUCAUCCUUGGCUGGGCAGAAAAGGCCUCAAAGAAAUACGUUUCAAAGGACCUUGCCAAAGAAAUCCGUGUCAAAGCAGAACCAUUUAUUAAAUGGCUAAAGGAAGCUGAAGAAGAAUCUUCCGGUAAUGAAGAAGAGGAUGAAGAUGAAAACAUAGAGGUGGUGUACUCCACAACUGCCAGUGUACCUAAAGUUGAAACUGUGAAGCCUGCAAACAAUAAAGAUGAUGAUAUCGAUAUUGAUGCCAUUUAAAGUGAUGCAACAUAGCUUCCAGCAUAGUAAUGCAAACUUCUCUGCAUUUUCUGCCAGAAGUGUGACUUGUAUGUGCACAAGCUGAAAUGGCUUAACAUCCUGCUACUUUGUACUCUAAAAAAUGUAUCUUUUUACUGUGACUGGUCUUGUGUAACUAAGCCUAAUACCAAGGAGUCAGCACGUCGGUGAACUGAUCGAGUUUGCAACUGGCAUGUUCUAUUUUGUUUUUCUAACUUGUGUUGGACACAUACUUGGAGCACAUUUAUACAGUUGUGGAAAUAAAGGAUUUGGUUUUGGUCAAUCUUCAUUUGUGAUUCAACCCCCUUAUUGCUUUUCCAAGUAAGUAUUUACACAGCUCAGCGAAAUUUGUGAAGCUGAUCACACAAUGACAAUCUCUUGAAUGAAACAAAAUCCCACCUUAACCACCCUAGAAGCUGUUCCAACAGUGGAGAUUUGAAACCUGGGCAAGAAGCACGUGUUGGGUAAUCAACAGUGUGCAGCUGCCAGCUUCUUAAAGCAGGACAGCUGUGUCUGUAUUCUGAUCUUUGGAUGCUUGGAGUGUUUUAAACAAACUUCAAUUGUAAUCAUACAUGAGUUGGGUUUUGUCUUGGGUUUUUCCUUUCCUGUGGUUUUCAACAGCUCCAAAUCCAGGAUUAAUGCAGCAGGAGCUGGUACUGCUGCAGUUGGUGUGUGCUGCCCCUGAGGACCUGGCUGUUGCCAGGGGCCCAGCUGUGCAGUGCCACCACAGCACAGGACCAGCAGUGUCCAGCUCCAGCCUCACUUGGGGAGGGAGGGGCAGAGGAGGAGAUCUGGCACCUGAGUGCAGAGGUCCCCAGUUUCACAUCUCUGGAAGUCAGUGUCUUAAAUACCAAUGUUGAGGGAUCAGAUUUCUUUAAAAGUGGGAUAACUUCAAAAUCAGGAACCUGGUAUGACAUGGUGUGUGACAAGUUUUGUCCAGGGAGGAGUUAAGGGUGAGGGUUUUGUUCCUCACAGCUGCCUGCCAGGAAAAUCAAAGAGUGUUUUGAGUUUUUUGUUGGAUUCAGUAUGAGAAGUUUUGAGAGAUCAAGGCUGCAGUGCAUGGUGAGCUGCUUUUUCUAGUCGGGUUGUUCUGGCGGGACUUGGAAUUGGACAAAUGCAAAGAUUGUUUGGGUAAUUGCAGCAGGGGUGCCUUGAUCUGCAGGUUCUGUUCCACAGUGUCUUGUGUUGCAUGUGGCCCUGGCAGUGAGUUAUCACUGGGCACUAGCAGCUGUGGCAAACAGUGCCAGAACCAUGGGGUAAAGUCAUGGGACAUUUCAAAAUGCCCUUUUAUGUGGAUUUCUAUUGCUGCAAUACAAACCCACAAUUUUUAAUUUAGAGACAGGUUUAUUCCUGGCUUUUGUCUAAAAGAAAAUCUGUUCUCCAUUGGGUUUAAACCAGGUUUGUAUUUCCAAAAUGCCCAUUUCCAUGCAUGUUUGGGAACCUGGAAGAUUGAUUACUAGUGCCUGUGUAUGCUCUCAGGAACACAUCUGUUCCUCUUGGUGCAGGCAGUGCCUCCCUUGUGUAACUUGUGAGCACACCCUGAUAAGUGUUACUCUCAUGACCAGAAGGUUUCUGCCUGAAGUCGGUGUUUUGUGGUGUUGGCUGCUGUGAAAGGUGACGCCAGUGAAGUACCAUCUCAAGGGUGGUCAGUCACAUUUCAGGGCUGACUUGAUGGCAAUUGCAAGCUGCCAUCCGUAGGGAUAAUCUCUGGCUGUUUGGUUUUUUCCCCCCAGGCUGUAAAGACUAGCAAGACAUACCUGUUCCUUCCUGCAGGGAAAGUAGGAAAUCACCCAGAAAAGUUUUUCGUAGGGUCAGUGAAGUGGUGAUGUCAUACCAAAGCUACAGGAUGGUAGAUUUGGUGUAAAACAUGGUGGGAGUAUGCAGGGAAGAGAGGUGUUCUUGUCUGUAGUAGCCCACAGGCGGAUCAGAGUGAGUGUAUCACAAAGUGGUGCCCUAAUUCAGUCGGGGAGGCUUCUAAAAGUGCUGAGGCUACAACUAUGAAAAUCCUGGUGCUGAGUUACACUUCUGACCCUGUUUUCACAUUUUGCUGUUUCUGUCUCAGAUUAUUAACUGAUGAUUCCACCAGCUUAUAAAAAUUGAGUGUUGUGUGACUAUUUCUUUAGGGAAGGAAGUCUGACUUUAAAGUUUCAUGAGUGUUUGAAUGUAUUGCCUCUGCUAUCUGAUUAAAGAUAACAAGUACAUCUUCAAAAGGCAACUUGGAGUUCAGAUAAAACCUGCUCCAGGCUUCAAAGUUAGACUUCUGGCACCUGGGAAGGAAACAGUGCUGGGUGAAUCCCUUCACUUGGUGCUGUACCGUGUCUGCUAGAAAACCUCAGUGUGAACACUGCCCUUGGGCAGGUGCAGGGUCUCGUGGCAGGUCCAUCAGCCUCGGCUUUUCAAACCCUCAUCUUGCAGGAGGCUGAGAUUGGGAGCUUUGCUGCAGCUUGGCAGCCUCUGGCAGCAGUUUCUCUUCAUCCAUGAUGACAAGGAGCUGCUCAGCUGCCAGCUUGGGGCUCAGCAGCUUCAAACAGGGUUUGAAAUCCUGUUGUGCAUGUAAGAAGUAAAAUUGCCUGGUUUUACUUUUAUCUGUUAAAAACCUACAAGUUGUCAUUAGAGGCCAGUGCCUCCUCAGCUGGAUCUGAUUAGAUAACUGUUAGAUAAAAGUGUGCUCUUUGCUCCUGAGUGUGCACAGCUUUGCCCUGUAGUGAGGCAAGGGCUAAAGAUGGGAAAAGUGAUUUGAAGGGAUUGCAGUAGGCAGAGAAAUGUGCUCAAUGCUUUUGUUUUACCUUGCUGUGGUAGUGGCUUCCCUUGCCAGUGUACCUGUGAUGUGGUGCUGCCCCAGAGGUCAUCUCUGCUGGGCCACUUGCCUGAGGCCUUGCCACAAGGCUGUCAUUCCUCCCCCCUAAGAUCUGCCCUGUUCCUUGGGGUAAGAACUUGUGGAAAGAUCCUGAUGUCCAUCCAAGUCAAACAGCUCGGUUGAUUUGUUGCUGUCCAGAUAUACCUCAGAGUGUAAAUAGUUGAUCAUAAAUAAUGCUUAGCAUGUGGGUGUCUUCCAGUUGUGAAAGAUCUGAACCUUGUUGUCUGAAAAGGAGAGGCACCUCUGAAAAGUAGUAAAUGUAAUGAUCGGUAAUGAACUGUCCUUUCAUUUGUGGACUGCUACGAAAUUGUAAUAAAGAUCACAGGACCUCUGGGGUCCCAGUGAAAGCAGGGACUAGACAUGGCAAGGAGAGAUGGAACAAAAGUAGCUGACCCCCAAUUAGUCUUUCCAAACUGUGGCAGCUAUUCUCAAACUAAUUAGUCCCAAAGAGCCUCAGAGGCCUGUUACUGAGGAUUGACUCCUUGACAUUCGGUAACACCACUGAACCGUAAAAUUCUGGAACAGAAAACUCAGAAGGAAAAAAAAAGGCAGCUUGAAAGCAAUGAAACUUAAUGCUCUUAAACCUUAUCUGUGAAACACUGCAUGGUUAAAUUUCAGCUUAAGGUUUAUAAAGUUGUUGGAGCUGUUGGGCUUACUUACUUGCUUAACAGGCUGCUGGUGUUGUCUGUGUUUUUCAUUUUGGAAAUGAUCAUCUUGCUGCCACAGAGGUGUCAGAAUCUGUCUCUUGACUGGGAAUUGCUGAGGAGAUGUUCUGAGGCCCCUGACAAGCAGCUUUCCCAGGAUGUCCCUUCCCUAGGGCAGACCAGCACCAGGGUAUCUCCACAGCUUCCUUAGAGCUACUGCAGCUGACAUCAAUCAAGGGCAUGGCCCCAGUGCCCAGGUGAUGCUGCUUUUAUUCAGUAAAAUUCUAAAAUGCCUCAUUUUUUUUAGAGAAAAAUCAAAUAACAUCUUGAUCGUUUGGGUUAGGAACAUAAGGAGCAGAUUCACUCAAACAGAGGGAAAUGUUCUUCCUGCUGAAAUUAGUGUCAGGGAAACCAAAUGAGUGCUAAACCAUCUUCCCUGCACAUCAGUUUUUCUACUUGCAUGUGCUGCCAAGUCGUUGCUUACUCAAUAGUCAGGGCUCUUUAAGCUGGUCUGUUGUGGCUGAAUUUCCAGUCCUGGGUGUCCUGCGGGUGAGAUGGCAGUGGCUUCCAGUGCUGGCCACACAGAUCAGCUGUGACAGGUUCAGAGUGAAGCCAGGCAGCUGGGUCAGUAAGGCAAGGCUGGGAGCAGCAAGGUGCAGGGCUGGGCACAGACCUGCCCGUGGGGGUACACGAGCUUCACAAGGGCCCCUGCCCAAGUGCCAAGGUGCCUUGGCCACAGACGUUUUCUCUCAGGACUUUCUCCCACUGAUCCUUCCACAUCACUCAGCUCCAAGGUUUCUCAGCUGCACCACACCGGAGCUUGAACACAGCCAGUCCUGCACCUGCAAGGAGGGGAAAGGGUUGCAGAGCCUACUUCUGCUCCCAAGUCCCUGAUAUUUUCUGAGGUUUGGGCUGUCUUUUCUGGUGCUAAUCUCAUCCCAUUACUGUGGUGUUAGAGGCAUUUUCUGCACAUUAUUUUCUCAAGGGGGAAAAGAGACAAUUCAAAGGAGUGCUCUGGUCUGAGCACAGUUACAGGCACUACAGCCAUACAUUCCAAAUGAGGGAAGUAUCAGCACCAGGAACAACUCAGCUAGAGAUUUGUGUGGGUGUUUUAUUAUUCUCUGUGAAUUUGUGCUUGAUACUGUUUUUUAUAUUUAUCUGAUAUUAAUAAAACCCAAGGAACUGCA